UCACAGACGGGCAAAAUGAAAUAUUUCACAAUUAUACUUGGAAUGUUAGUUGUUUUCACCGCAACAAAUGUUCAUGCGAGAAGACAUUCAGGUUCUUCCCCAUUUCGCCCAUAUAGACCCCCAAAUAGACCGAUAGUACCAAGACCAAAACCCAUACCACCCCUACGAAUCCGCAGGGAUAAUGGAAAUGUGGGCGUGCAUUCAAUAAUAGUUAAUGGCCGGCCCGUAUCCACAAGUGCUGGAUUCGAAAAAAAAAUUUAUGAAAAUGAUCACGGCAAUGUGGCAUUGAGUGGCGGACUUGAGCAUGUACCACAUCAGAAAUUAGGAAAAAAUAUCGGCAUGUCUGGGAGAUUUGAUUUCGGCGGCGCAGGACGUCACUUAUCUGCGGAUGAGAGACUUUUAAACGAAAUCAUGGAACAACGGAGGCGAGACAAGCUGCUGCGAUAAUUAUCAAUAAUUAUAUUAAAUCUCUAAUUUUAAUAUUUGCAACAAAGUAUUUCCAUGUAAUAGCUAUUAUUA